GGUGCCCAGUCAGGGCAGCAGAAGAGUGUACGACAAGCGUCGUACGCUCUUCUUGGCGCUUCUCUCUUUUCCUACUUUCAUGCUUUUUGGCUCAACGCAUACACCUUUUCAGUUUGAUUUGCACCGUCUUGUAUCUUAGGAACACCCCCAAGAUUGUUACUGUUUUCUUACAUAAAUUGCACCCGACAGUAGUUGUAUAUUGACGCUGAUACUAUACAGUUUCCAUCUAACGCCUUAAGGGGUUCAUAUCCGUGAUUUGUUGAGCUGGCGCCGCCGGGUGUUAGGUAGUGCCAGCGGACGGGAGGCUUGGCGUUGCCGCUGGUCGCACUAGGACAUCGGUUCUUGAACCAUGACGCUGAAGGUGUCGGCGCCGGAUGGCGUCAAGGUGUAUCAUAUCACCAGCGGCAAGACGCUGCCCCAGUGGCUGGCGGAGAGCAAGAAGAAGUCGCUGCGCAAGAAUGAGGAGUACCGGCGUCGCCUGGAGCUCAUCCAGGACUUUGGCUUCAAGUCUGCUGCGCAGCGCAUCAAGAUUUCGCCCGAUCGGAACUAUGUGUUUGCGUCGGGCUACCACCCCUUCUCGGUCCGCUGCUUCGACCUGGGCAACCUGGCCAUGAAGUUCGAGCGCAACCUGGAUGCGGAGGUGGUGGACUUUUGUGUGCUGUCGGAUGACUUCUCCAAGCUCGCCUUCCUCUGCUCCGACCGCUCGCUGCUCUUCCACGCGCGAUUCGGCUCCUACUACCGCACCCGCGUGCCCCGUUUCGGUCGCGACCUGGCCUACUUCUCACCCUCCGCGGAGCUGCUGGUGGCGGCCUCGGCGCCCGAGCUGUACCGCCUCAACCUGCAGGAGGGGCGAUUCAUGAGCCCGCUGCCCUCGGCCUCGCCGGCUGUCAACGCAUGCGGCGUGUCCCCCUCGCACGGUCUGUUUGCUGCGGCGGGCGAGGACGGGCAGCUGGAGUGCUUCGACCUGCGGCAGCGCACCUCGGUGGGCCUGCUGGACGCGGCGGCAGCGGCGGGGGCGCCAGGGGAGCAGCUGACGGCGCUGCGGUUUGACGACAGCGGCCUGCACGUGGCAGUUGGUACGGGCAACGGUCUGGUUGCGCUGUACGAUUUGCGAUCGCAACGACCGUUGGUGGUUAAGGAUCACAUGUACGGCAGCCGGAUUGUGGACAUCAAGUUCCAUUCGUACGGCGCUGAUGCUUCGGCGCAUAACCGGCGGGUGAUCUCUUCGGAUCGGCACAUUGUGAAGGUGUGGGACAUUAACAACGGCGAGGGCUACACCAGCAUUGAGCCCGAGGAGGGCGACAUCAACGACGUCUGCGUGUGGCCGGACUCGGGCCUCAUCAUGGUCGCCAACGACUCCCCCAACAUGCACGGCUACUUCGUGCCCAGCCUGGGUCCCGCCCCCCGCUGGUGCUCCCACCUGGAGGGCCUCACGGAGGAGCUGGCGGAGGCGGCUCCCGCGGUGUACGACGACUACCGCUUCGUGACGCGCGCGGAGCUGGGGCGGCUGGGGCUGGAGCACCUGCUGGGGACCAGCCUGCUGCGCGCGUACAUGCACGGAUUCUUUGUGGACAACAGGCUGUACGCCAAGGCCAAGUCGCUGAUGGACCCCUUCGCCUACGAGACCUACCGCCAGCAGCGCAUCGCAAAGAAGCUGGAGGAGGAGCGACAGAGCCGCAUCUCCAUCAUCCGCAAGCUGCCAAAGGUCAACACCAAGGUCGCGGCGCGUAUCAUGGCCGAAUCAGCCGAUGCGGACAAGGCUGCAGCCGACGGCACCGCCGCCGCCGCCGCCGGCAGCAGCAAGGCCAGCCAGCGUGCCGCCGCCGCCGCGGCUAACCCGCUUGCGGAUUCGCGUUUCUCCGCCAUGUUUGAGGAUCCCGACUUUACGAUUGACGAGGAGGCGGAGGAGUACCGGCUGCUGCACCCCAACGCGGCUCGGGAGAAGAAGGAUGAGGAGGAGCUGCUGCGGGAGCACUUCCAGGAGGUGCUAUCAGACGAAGGUGGAGGCAGCAGCGACGGCGGCGAUGAAGACGACGACGACGGCGCCGACAGCUUGGACGAGAUGGACGAGCGGUCCACCGAGGCGCCACGCGCCAAGAAGAAACCCAACUCCAAACGUCUACCCGAGCGGCCGCCCGCGGGCCCGCCAGCGAAACGGCCCAAGCAGGCGCAGACUGCGACGGAGGGCGGCAAGGGUCCAAGCAUGUUUGUGGCGCGAGACGCCACCGCUGCAGAGGCCUUCCGACGUGGCGAGUCGUUGGCGGCAAAGCUGAACCAGCCGCUGUCGGAGCGAGUGGCUUCGGAGCCGCAGUCGGCGCCACCGCGGCGACUGGGAGGCAGUCGGGAGGUGUCGUUCGUGCCGCGGGGAGGUGGCGGAGGG